GGGAGCUGGGUCCCCGGACGGCGGGCGGUGCGGCGCGCGCGGGCGGUCCCGGAGGAGGCCCGGAGAUGUCCUGUGUGCGCCGCCUCCUGCUCACAUCCCUGUUCCCGGCCCUCCUGCUUCACGGGCUGGGAGAGGGCUCUGCUCUCCUUCAUCCGGACAGCAGGACCCAUCCCAGGUCCUUGGAGAAAAGCGCCUGGCGGGCCUUCAAGGAAUCCCAGUGUCAUCACAUGCUCAAACACCUCCACAAUGGAGCCAGGAUCACCGUGCAGAUGCCACCCGCCAUCGAGGGCCACUGGGUGUCCACUGGCUGUGAGGUGCGGUCGGGCCCCGAGUUCAUCACCAGGUCCUACCGAUUCUACCACAACAACACGUUCAAGGCCUACCAGUUCUACUAUGGUGGCAACCGCUGCACCAGCCCCACCUACACGUUGGUGGUCCGCGGCAAGAUCCGCCUGCGCCAGGCCUCCUGGAUCAUCCGCGGCGGCACCGAGGCCGACUAUCAGCUGCACCGCGUGCAGGUCGUGUGCCACUCAGAGGCGGUGGCCGAGCGGCUGGGGCAGCUGGUCAACCGCACGUGCCCUGGCUUCGUGCCUGCCGGGGCCGCCUGGGUGCAGGACGUGCCCUACGACCUGUGGCGGGAGGAGGGCGGGCGCGAGUGCACGCGGGCCGUGAACUUCGCCAUGCACGAGCUGCAGCUGGUGCGCGUGGAGAAGCAGCACCUGCCGCACAGCCUGGACCGCCUGGUGGAGGAGCUCUUCCUCGGGGACGUGCACACCGACACCGCCCAGAGGAUGUUCUACCGGCCGUCCAGUUAUCAGCCGCCGCUGCAGAACGCCAAGAACCAUGACCACGCCUGCGUCGCCUGCCGCAUCAUCCACCGCUCGGACGAGCACCGGCCGCCCCUGCUGCCCCCCAAGGCGGACCUAACUGUGGGGCUGCACGGCGAGUGGGUGAGCCAGCGCUGCGAGGUGCGGCCCGAGGUCCUCUUCCUGACGCGCCACUUCAUCUUCCACGACAACAACCAUAGCUGGGAGGGGCACUACUAUCACUACUCGGACCCCGUGUGCAAGCACCCCACCUUCACCCUCUACGCCAGGGGUCGCUACAGCCGCGGCGUGCACUCCGCCAGGGUCCUGGGCGGCACAGAGUUCGUGUUCAAAGUGAACCACAUGAAGGUCACCCCCAUGGACGCGGCCACGGCCUCGCUCCUCAACGUCUUCAGCGGGAAUGAGUGCGGGGCCGAGGGCUCCUGGCAGGUGGGCGUCCAGCAGGAUGUGACCCACACCAACGGCUGCGUGGCCCUGGGCAUCAGGCUGCCUCACACAGAGUACGAGAUCUUCAAGAUGGAGCGGGACACCCGCGGCCGCUACCUACUGUUCAAUGGCCAGAGACCCAGCGACGGCUCCAGCCCGGACCGGCCCGAGAAGAGAGCCACAUCCUACCAGAUGCCCCUGGUGCAGUGCGCCUCAUCGGCGCCCAGGCCUGAGGACUUCUCUGAGGACCCUGGGGGGCACGGGCACCGCAGCUGGGCCCCCAGGAGCAGCCCAGGUCCCCUGCUGCUGGCUGGGCUCACCGGCCUCUGGACUCUGUUACCCUGGCUCGGCCUCGGCUAGAAGUGCUGAGGGUGUGAUUUUUUUUUUCCCCACACCAGGAUGCCUUACAAUUUACAGACUUUCUUUAUGAAAAGAAGAGACACUUCUUCCUCAGAUGCACUUGAGCGGCUGAGAAUGGUGCUCCUACCCGCCUGCCACCCCAGCCCCCAAGCCCGCCCAGCCUGAGUCAUGAGCUGUUUGAAGAUUCAGCUUUGAACUCCAUCCAGUAGGGUCCUGGGCCUGGGUGUCCUCACCAUAUAAUUGCACUUUAAGACCGCAGAGGGUUUCGGGCGAGCGUUUUGGCAGAGGCAGUGGGGCAAGGGCUCCACUGUCUUCUCUUCUUCCUUUCCAUCGUUGUGCGUUUUGGGGUGGAGCUCCGGCUUCAGCUUUUCCUGCUGCUUCUCUGCAGUUGUUUCCUGCUCCUGUGAACCUGCUUUGCUCUCUGAGUUCCCAGCCAGGGAUGCAGAGCAGAAUUGGUUGGGACUGUGAUCCGGACAUGUUUUUUUUCAUAAAGAAGAGACAGGGGAGCAGGAGAAGACAUGGGUGUAAGGGAACAACCGUGCCAGCCUUUCUGCAGAAAGAGAACAAAUCCACACUUUCAGAUGUUGAAAAGUAUCUGUAAUUAAAGUUUCAGAGUCAUUUAAACAAUGGUCAUUUUAGCUUGUUGGGAAAGGAGGUGCUGGUCUGUGCUGGUCCCUGGUUGGCUACUGGACGCUCAUCACUCUUACCGCCCAGGCAUGGGGUGGGGCGGUGUGGAUCAGCACCCUUCCCAUUGCAGACAGACAGGAGCCACAGUUCAGGGAGGAUGACCCGGGUGACGCAGUGCCCAUUUGGUCUGGCUUCCUCUCUGGGGGACCCUGUCCUGGCUCACUGGUGCCUGGAGCUUUACUCUGUCAUCUCUGCUGCUUCAAAGACCAAGACUCAGAGAUCACGUGUGGGUGCCAUGGCCCUGUCUGUCCAGAGGAGGCAGUGGGGGCGUCCUAGCCGGGUCCCCAGAGACCAUUCACCCUGCUCAGGGUUCAGGCUGGGCUGACCCAGCUCUGUCACUGCAGAGAGUCUCAGGGCACCGUUGACAGAGUCUGUGAGGCUGCACGAGUCGCUGUGGCUUAUUAGGAAAUGUGCCCUCUGAACACUGAAGGUGGUGGCCAGGAGAGACCCAUGGAGGGAAGUGUGAGUCACCGAGAGAAAGCCUGGACAUAACUAGAAGCUGGCGUGCAAACCAUGAUUGAGGUCAAGAGUCCCACCUGUACUUAAGAUCUGCCUUUAUGAGACGCUGUGGUGAUAAGUUAUAAGCGGGCAUGGGGGACCACAGUGCUGUGUCUUUAGAUGAUAUUUUACAUGCGGUUGAGGGGGGUUAUUCCAAUGAAAGUACUAACUUAAUGUCUGCCCAGUUUAAUAAACAGAGAUGUCAGAGAUACUCCCACAAUAUACAUUUUACCUGUGGAUCUAUUUAAUUAACACUAAUGCUGUCUUUAAAGGAUAUAAUAAAAUUAUGCAAAACAACAA